AUGGCCUUUCCACCCGUCUUUGAGCCGUAUGUGCUCAGCACUUUGGACCAUAUGACCGCCCCUAUUCAUAUGUCGACCUUCAUCACAUUCCACCCUGAGAACUCAUCCAAAGCCAUUUCGGCUCUGGAGAUGGGUCUCAGUCGCCUUAUUUUGCUUCUACCAUUCAUUUCCGGCAAUGUCGCUUUCUCAAGCCAGUUACCGGGCAAGCAAAAUGUGCGGGAGGUGCAGGCCGCAACAGCAGAGUUUCUACAGGAAUAUCCCAUGUUAAAGAUCAAACACCACGACAAGUCAAUCUCUCCUACCAAGCCUGGCCCCACCGUCUCAUACGACACGAUGUUGAACGAGGAAUUCACACCUCUUGAAUUCGCAAUGGCUAUGGAGGACCUGAGUCCUAUUUUCCGAAUCCAAGCCAAUGUCAUGCGCGAUGGAGUUAUUCUUUGUUGUAGCUUUUAUCACUUGGCCUUGGAUGGCGCUGGUUUUAUCAAUGUACUCAGCGCUCUCGCCCAAUGCUGUCACAACCCGGGUCUCGCCUCUUUAGCGACGGACCCUUGGAAGGAGGCGGAAACCCGAAGAGCAAUUGUCGAGGCAGGACGGAAUCCAAAUGCCCCGAAAGAGCUGCAGACUAGCUAUGGGGCAUUUGCUGGUGAUAUGACGCCGACUUCGUCCCCCGAGUCUCCUAUCAGUCGCAUUCUCGUUCUAGAUCCGGAGAAGAUUGAACGGUUGCGAGAUGCGUGCAAGUCCCAAAUGCAGCGCCACUCAGGCACUCGUCUGUCAAGUAAUACGAUCGUUUCAUCCUUGAUAUGGCUCUGCUACAUCAGGUCUCGAUAUGGAUCUCCAUCUACUGGGAGCAGAUCGGAUGUAGAGACCACCCCGGAGAAAUCAUGCUUUGCAAUGCCUAUCGACGUCCGCAAAACCUUACAACUUCCAUCAUCCUAUUUGGGUAAUGCAGUUGUUAGCAGUGAAGCAUUCGCUAGCAUCGACGCAGUUCUUUCCUCCGCCCGACCGAGCGGAGAUGCUGCUGUCAUCAAAGAUAUUAGCUCAAAUGAUAUCGAAAUCCUUGCGGAGCUCGCCCAUCAGAUCAAUGAGUGUAUGCAAUUUAAUAGCAAGCACUCUAUUCAGGGUCUGAUAUCACAAUUGUCUGCUGGCAAUGACUGGGCCACAUAUUGCCGCCCCGGAGACGUGAGCGUGAGCAAUAUGCGGAAUCUCCGGUCCUAUGAGCUUGAUUUCGGAUCAUGUCUGGGGCGAGCGCAUACUUUCGACCUACCAGAAAAUCGGAUAUCUGGUGUUGCGUGGAUUUUGCCAUCUCGUUUCAGGGGUUCACCUUGGGAAGUGAGAAUGGCACUCGAACCAGAAAUCAUGGAGAGAGUACAGAGAGAUAAGCUGAUGCAAUGGGUGUGCGCGAGACCAACUCCAAAGUCAAAGCUGUGA